CUCUGUGCUAUAAAAAAUUAACUGAAGUUUCUAAGCACGAAAGUAGUUUCAAAAAUAUGGAGGUUGAGAUAUUUGGUUCUAUCCGGGCGGUGACUGGUAUGUAUACGAUAGACGAAUCCAAGAUGGAAUUGGUGAUUGGCCUUCCACCAAACUAUCCAUUGCGCGGACCACGGAUUAUAUUUAACGGACAGAUCAAAGAAACUUCCCUCAAACCAUGGUUGAUACAGCUGCAGAUGCGCGUCUUGCUCCAGAAUGAAAGAAUCUGGGAGGCUCUCUCGCUGUGGAACAACAACUUGGACAAGAAGUUCAAUCAAGUUGAGGAAUGUACCAUUUGCUUCGGUGUUUUUCGUUCACAGGCGUACCAAUUACCCGAUUUUCCUUGCAAGACUUGCAGAAAGAAGUUCCAUCCUGCUUGUCUCCAUGAUUGGUUUAGUAGCAGCAAUAGGAGUUCAUGCCCCAUGUGCAGAAACCAAUUUCCACUUAAAGAUGUUUUACAAUUACUAAAAAUGUUUGAUAGGUUUUACAACUUACCUAUUAAAUACGAGAAAGCAGCGUAUCGAUUCAUUAUUGAUGCGCUAUCGCGUAUUCUUUUAACUAGACAGAAUUCAGAUCUAUUCACAUUAGAGAACGCCGAUUUGCUUAAUAAUUUGAGUGAUCCAGUACUGAGACGCAGGCCAUCUUUUAUAACCGAGAGAUUGCGCAAGCGUGUGCACGCCAAAUCCGCCAAAUUUUUUAAGUUUUGGUCAUGGGUUCAGUUUUGGAGAUCAAUUUUGGAAGAGGCCAUCCAAACGGAUCUACCUGAUCUGAAUUUAGCGGAAUUAUUACAACGAUAUUAA